AUCACAACUUGAAACCUGACAAAUUCGACCGACAUCAUUCAGUGGAUACGAUAAUGAAAAUUUGAAGCAACAUUCACACCGGCGAAUGUCAAAAUUCUCACUCCCGAAGUAUGGGUGUUACAUUAACCGAAAGAUUCACCGCCAGUUUUGAUGUGCAGUAAAUAAUAUCGAACGAGAAAUGACAAGAUGUAACCGUUGCAACUAUAACAAUCGGCUGAAAAGCUCAGCUUACAACCCGUCCGGACAGCGCCACGAGGUACAAUUAACGACGUACAACGCGAUGACUAAUCACCUUCGCAGAGUCCUGCUGGCGAAGAGCGUCGUGGACUGUGGAAAGGUCGAUGGGGUCUCGAAGAAAAACGGAAGACGAACGAAAACAUCGGCGAGGGGGCGAGAGGUCCGGACGGCGAAGGAGUCUCUUUCGCAAAACGUCAUCGACAGGCUCGCCUAUGACACGAAGUAUCAUCCAAACGUGGUAGCGAAGAUGAGCUGGCGGCACGACAGACUAUCUUCCAGAUUUUUCUCCAGGGAGAGAAGCGAUCGGUCAACUUCGCCCGAUGCAAGCGACGAUUCCAGCCUCCAGGACCGUCGAGUUUCACCGAAACACUCCGAGGAAGAUGUUUGCGCGAUUUGCGCUGCUCGAUUAACGUCGUCUCCGAAGCGGACAGAGAAUUCGGGCUCAGCGUUCCGUGGCAGCGUGAAGGAGUCGAAAAUUUGCCGCAUCUCAAUGCCACGCGUGACAUCGUUCUCGGAAAUAUCUUGUCCCGAACCGCCUGAGUUCGGGGUCUGCGUUCCCAGGCCAACGUCGAGCGUCAGCUUCGAGGGAUUUUCCAGCAGCAGCGAGGUCUCGAUGUACGUCAAUUUCGUCUACGACAUGACCAAGGAGAUAAUGGACAUGGGCUACUACGUGGACAAGGAUAUCGAGGCGGUGUUUGCACGGCAUUUCGAGAAGAACUUGGGGCGGUUGAACAAAGAAAAAAUGUUGCAAGAGAUUAACUGUCUGAAAAGGGCUCUGAGCGUAAACUGCGAGUCCGACGACGACGAGGAAGUCGAUGUAGUAGUCAGCAGCUGUGGGCGAUUGGUUUGCUCGGCGACCAGCCUUCCCAGGACUUCCGGUACCCUGAAGGAUUUCAAAGAGAGGGUGAAGCAAGACCCAGUCUCCGGCAUGAAGUGCGAAUCUUUGGUAUCUGUGGAAAAUAAAUCUGCAGAUAUUAUCGUUACUCAAGAGGACGUGAUAAAUACUUUGUUAGAUAUGGAUUUGAAACCCGACAAGGCAGAGGAAAUUUGUAAAACUUUGAAGGAUAGGAGUAAGGAGCAGACUUUCGGACAGAACAGAGAUUGGAACAGUCGCAAUAAUAUUCAGCCAAGUGCUUACAGUUCGCUUUGCCAACUGCAGCCAAGCGCUCCAAUAAAGUCGACAGUGCCUAACGCGGAAACGUCUCGAAUGCGUGACUUGAAUACAUAUGAGAACGGGUUGCUUGAUGAUCUGUGCAGUGCUACUGACGGAGGAGAGGCAAUAGAACCAGAUCGUGCGGUUGACCAAAAAGCCGAUGCUGCCUCGGUCAUUGCAGAAUCUGAAACAAAGAAAAGUACAGACGAUAGUCGAUUGGGGUCAAACAACACAGAGCAAAGGUGUCUCGACGUGAACUCUGACCUUGUUGACGACUCAAAAGUGAUCGAGCUCUCCGAGGAGAUAGAAUCUCAAUCUAAUCAGAAUGCGAAAAGUACUUUCGGCUCUGGCCAACCGUUAAUCCUGCAAGAAGAAUGAAUUAGAAAAGAAUACAGUGUUCCAGUACGUUAAUUUAAGCGAAUAUCAACCUACCGUAAAUCUUAUAUUGACGAUAGAUCAAUGAUAGAAAUAUCGCAGCAAGAUUUGUUCCAGAGUACGUUAAUUAAUAAUCGUUGGAAUCAACUUAUUGGACUGAAAAGAAUAGAUUGCUAGACCUAAAUUAGCCUAAUCUAUGAAUAAGAGAAAUAGAUGAAUGUAAAAAUUACACGUUUACAAGAUAAUUGGAUAUUUAUUACGAGGAAAUUGUAAUAUUCAUUUACGAAUGAUACAUUUUGCUUCACGUAUGUACGUAUACAUUGCAGGCUCACAAUGUUAUAAUAUAAUAUAAUACCUAUUACCAAAAGUGCCUGCGCUGUAUCGUGUGCGUGAGAUGUAGAGAAACAGAAGGAAAACUAUAUUAAAAAAAAAAAAAAAACAAUAGUAAAAACAAAAAAGUACUUUAACGAAAAGACAGAAAGUUUUUUUCUCGAGUCACUAAUCAACUGCCAUCUCGCUUAGCAUAUUUCAAUGUAUAUUCAACAGCAAUAAAAUAUAUAUAGUGAAAAAAUAUAUAUCAACACACAUCGUAUUAUUUAUUUUCUUUUUGGUGACAAUGAAGCCGACGGCUGUUGUCAUCUAACUGUAUCCAUACACGGUAUGCGUAUAUGGUAUAUCUGUUUUAAGCAUAAGUACGUAUAUAACUACGUAGUACGUAU